AUGGACAUCGAUCUAUCCUCCCUCGAAGCAGAGACACGCUGUUCUGUCUGCCUCGGGAUCGUCAAGAGCUGCCGCCUGGUUUCGGGCUGCAUGCACCGCUUCUGCGCUGACUGCAUCGAGAAGUGGCUUAGAGUGGCCAGCGAGCCUUCGUGCCCCCAGUGCCGGGUGCAGAUGCAGAGCAGGCGAGACUGCAAACGAGACGUGCGCUUUGACCGCCUGCUAAAGCUGCUGUACACAAACCUGCGCAGCUACGAGGCACAGGUGUACGAUCCGAAGGCAGAAGUACUACAGGAGGCAAGGAAGACCGGCCACGCGCUGGCGACGGCUGCGGCUGCGCAGCGUGCAAAGCGCGCGCCGGCAAAGCAGGCAAAGCAGCGUAAGCCGCCGGCCGCCCCACAGCGCCGGCCGCCGGCCGCUCCGCAGGCGGCUACUGGAUCGCAGGCGGCUACUGGAGGCAUGCAUGCAGCCACGGAUGGCAACUCGCCCUAUGCUGUGAUAGCCCCCAGCAGCAACAUCCCCAAGGUGAAUCCAGUGGUGAAGGGCCAGCAGCGCAGCGCUCAGGAGGCGGACAAGCUUCGGUCAGACAGUCCCUCACCGGCGCCAGGUGCAGCGGCGUCUGCAGCAGUUGCAAGCAGGAGCGAGCCGCCGCCGCCGACAGCAAAGCAGGAAAAGGGGGGAAAGCGGGCGGCCUCUUCAGCGCGCAGCAGCGGACAGCCCAAAAAGCAGCGCACCGGGCAGACGCCAGAACCCAGGCAUGUCUCUUAUCCUUGGGAUCUGAUUUUUGAUGAUUAA